AUGGCCACCGUCACCGUUCUCUACCCCAAUGUCUCCGAUGCCACGUUCGACCUCGAGUAUUACCUCAAGACCCACAUGCCGCUGGCCCAGAAGAACUUCGGUCCCCACGGCCUGAAGGGCUACAAAGUCUCCCGCAUCCUCGGCACCCCAGGGAGCGACAAACCCCCCUACAGCGUCCAGUGCGUCCUCGAGUUCGGCUCCAAGGACCAGGUCGACGACGCGCUCAAAAACGCCACCGGCCCCGUCAUGGCCGACAUCACCAACUUCUCGAACCAGACGCCCGUGUUCCUCAUCGGCGAGGUUGUUGGCUCGGCCUAA